AUGAGCAAGGGCAAGGUUCACCACGACUGGAUCCUCCGGCGGUGCUGCGGCUCCGUCGCCGCCUGCAUCCUCACGCUCGCCGUCCUCGUCGGCUUCGUCGCGCUCGUCAUCUACCUCGCCCUGCACCCCUCCAAGCCCUCCUUCUACCUCCAGGACAUCCAGCUCCGCUCCAUCGACCUCGCCGAUCCGGCUCUCUCCCUUGACGUCCAGGUGACCAUCGCGUCCCGGAACCCGAACGACCGGGUGGGCAUCUACUACAAGACCCUGCACGCCUUCACCACGUACCGCGACGAGCCGGUGACGGUGCCGGUGUCGCUGCCGGCGAUCUACCAGGGGCACAAGGACCAGUCGGUGUGGUCGCCGGUGAUGUCCGGGGACUCGGUGCCGGUGGCGCCCUACGUGGCGGACGCCAUGAAGCAGGACAUCGCCGCCGGGUACGUGCUGCUGCACGUGAAGGUGGACGGCCGCGUCAAGUGGAAGGUCGGCAGCUGGGUCUCCGGCAGCUACCACAUCUUCGUCAACUGCCCCGCGCUGCUCUCCGCCAGCGGCGGCAACGCCGGCGGCGCCUUCGCCAUGAGCGCCACGGCGGGCGGCAAGCAGGCAGUCACGCUCAAGUUCACGCAGCCGUCCUACUGCACCGUUGACGUGUGA